CGGUGCCUGCGGGAGCCACCUUGAGAGAGCGGCUAGAGAGUGGCUCCUGGUACAGCCGGAGCCAGGGCGAGCGUCAGGUUGCGCCGGAGGGACCUGCGAGCCCUGAAGAGCCGGCGCACAAUGUCUGAAAACAAAGUGAAGUCAAGCAAACCUGUGAAUAAAACUCCUCCAAAAUCUCCUUCAGAUCCAGCAAAGGACCGAGCAGCAAAGCGGUUAUCCUGUGAUUCAAACAGCUCCCACGAGGGAGCUAUGGCAGGAGAAGUAAGUGCUCUGGAAGAAGCCUUUAGAAAAUUUGCUAUCCAUGGUGAUACAAGAGCCACAGGAAAAGAAAUGCAUGGGAAGAACUGGUCAAAGCUAUGUAAGGACUGUCAUGUGAUAGAUGGGAAGAAUGUGACAAUCACAGAUGUUGACAUUGUCUUCAGUAAAAUCAAGGGAAAGUCUUCCAGAACUAUCACUUUUGAUCAGUUUAAGGAAGCUCUUCAAGAACUCUCCAAGAAGCGAUUUAAAGACAAGAGUGAUGAAGAAGCAGUCCAAGAAAUAUAUAAACUAAUUGAAGGAAAAGCACCCAUUAUAUCUGGAGUAACGAAAGCCAUUUCAUCUCCAACUGUAUCACGCCUUACAGAUACAUCAAAAUUCACGGGUUCUCACAAAGAGAGAUUUGAUCCCAGUGGGAAAGGAAAAGGCAAAGCUGGCCGAGAAGAUCUGGUGGAUACUUCAGGAUAUGUAUCUGGUUAUAAGCAUGCAGGCACAUAUGAUCAUAAAGUACAAGGAAGCAAGUAAGGCUGAGGGUUUACAACACAGAAGGAGCAAGAGAGGGGAAAGAAAAUAUAUUUGUAAGAAUUAUGUAGAUGAAUCUCACAUGUUUUGGUUUUGAUGAAUGCUAAGACUAUGUUGUCAAGAAGUUGUUUUCAGGAACUGGAAAUGAUUUCAACAUCUGCUGAACUACUAGCAGCACAAUGCCACUUCAUUACAUUCCUCGUGUAUAUUGGCAACAAUAAAUGUAUUGAUACAAAAAAAAUAUAUAAUUUUUUGAGCUUUAGAAAAAAAACACAACAACACAAAGUCAAGAGCAGUUAUAUCAUACUUCAUCAACUCAAGUAAAAGAUCUCAAACAUUCCUAAAUGUCCAGUUGCCUCUUUUGAAAAGAGGGUCUUUCAUAGUAGUCUCUCUGAAGAAUAUCCCAUUAUUUAUGCAGCUUGUUUUGACUACUGUUUGGGUUUGGUUUUUUUUAAAUGUCUUAUAUGGGAUCUGACACUUUCCUUAAAACAUUCAACAGUAUACUAUUGGGGAGUAAGUGGUAGUAAUAUACAAGGUGCUAGCCUGUAAAUGUCAUACACCACUCAUGAAAAAAUGAAAAAAAAAAUAGUAAUUUAUGUCAAACAGAAAGAGGUGGAAAAUGCCAGCCGUUACUUUCUGCCUUUGCACUUUUGUUACUGCGUGUACUGUAGCAUCAUUCUGACUGUCUGGAUUUGGAUGGAGCUAUUGUACUAACCUGAGAGGUGAGAAACAAGAACUCACUAAGAAAGUGUGUUCAGGCUUUUUGUAGUCUGUUUUCAAGUUUGC